CAACGUGUUCUGAAGGCUCUACAACAUGAUGGCUGAACCGUUAUCCAUGCUCGCGGGGAUUGCGAGCCUGAUCACCACCACAACCCGCAUCUCUGGAGCCCUGCACAAAAUCCACAGGGGGCUGAGGAAUGGUCACGAGCUCCUUGCGUUAUCAAACGAGAUUGCAGACCUUACCCUUGUUCUCGAUCAAACUCAACGCGCCCAGGACAGGCUUGGCAGCUCAGUUCUGAUGACAGUACCGCCGGUGCUGCGGUGCUCAAGUCACAGCUAGACAAAGCUCACGACGUCCUCUCAAAACUAGACAAGCUCUCGUCAGACCUUCUCAAGAGGAAGCGGUCGCUUCAAAGAGUCAAAUGGGUGUUACACGAGUCCAGAGCCACAACUUUGAAGGACGAAAUGCGCGAGGUGCGGCGAGGGAUCCACGAGAUAUUGGCUGCCAAUAAUGCCACCACCUCGACUCGAAUAGAGCUGCAGCUCCACAGCGUCUCUUCAGCUAUAUCCGACAGCCGCCCACUCGUCCAGCAAGGCAGCACUCUCUCUCAUGUUUCAGCCCAGCUUACAGCUCUCCAAGAACUGCAAGUUCUGGGCCGCAGCACUGCUAAGCUUCAACUACAAAUAUCACGGCCGCUGUCUACAAUCCAAGAAGCCAUUUCGUCUCUCCAGCCACCUCGAUCUAGUCCAGUUUCAACUCCCGCAGAUAGUCAGAUCCAGAGUGCAUCAUCGCUGGGGGGGACCAAGCAGCCUGAGACGUCGACCAUCUUCCCAAAUUACAACAACACCGCACACCGAAUGCAUACGGUCUAUUUUUCGGCGACACUCGGCGGCUCCACGUGCGCCACAACAUUUUCAUGCCGCUGUCAUACCAUGUGCCAUAGUGCCCGGUGGCCACAAGUCUCUUGGGCAAUGCCCAAGGCUUUUCUACAGGCCAUCGGCCAACUGUUCAUUGGCUACUCUGGGUUCCCAGUGGGCAGCUCUUCGGCAACGUCGACAACAAGAUGUGACUCUCCAUCGUGCCGCGUGGGUAACCAGCAGCAGACCAUCCGGCUUUUCGGUGGCGAAUCGAGUUCGAAAUAUCUGAUAGAAGCAUAUUCCGUGCCAUUUAUCCUUCGUGGGGCGCCGAAGACUUGAAGGCCUUCCUCGACAACCAGCACCCUUGCGUCACAGACAUCAAAUACAGUGAUGGGUCUUCCAUUUUGCAAGAAUUGCCUCAGAGUUGCCUGUGACGAGAGCCGCAAGGAGCAAAAGCUCCGCCUGCUGCUUCAGUACGGCGCGGACCCCGACUCCAAAAACGACCGUGGGUCCUC